AUGGCGCAGCGGUAUGACUCAGUUUAUCUGGGAGGUUUGGUGUUCGAUCCUAACCGGCGACAAAGAUGGGCCUACAAGCAGAUCCCUGGAGAAAUUUCAUUCCAGUGCUACUCAACGCCGAAGAUAGAGAACAAGCACGAAGAAGUUCACGCUGGUCCUCGCUGCAAGAUCGCCUGCGUUCUCAGUUCUCAAUCAUCAGCGUUCUGCAUAAAAACAAAGAUCCAGACGUCUCCUUCGCAUGAAGAACAUCUUCGGAGGAAGAAGAAUCACGGUAAAACCAUCAUCGUUUACCUCUCGGCACUCGUCAUUGCGGUUGCUUUUCUGUGCCGCCCUUCGCAAGCGGACCGAUCCGCGCUGCACGGAGGUUGUCGUGGCUUGGAGCGACGGCUGUCCCACACGGCGUCCCUCUUCGAAGCACGCAACUGCACGCCCAUGGCAAGCCUGGCGGCGGUUGGCGUCUUCAGAUCAGCCCCAGCAGCGUCCACGCUUCAGGAUGGAGAGCCCGCGUCUGGCCAGCAGCGCCGCCUGCGGUUGGCAACUCCAAGGCCAGGCGGCCUUCGCGCCGUGGCCCCGUGCCUGUGGCCUCGCGUCGCGGCCGGCGACCACCGCAGCGGCACGGACAGAACCGCCCGCGCGGUCUUGUGCCCGUUGCAGGCAUCCUCGUCCUCGCGGUACUGGCCCCCGUGGCCGUGCACGCACGCAAGCCCCGCACUCGCGACCGUCCUGCGGCCGACGUCAGCGACCUCGCGUCGCGGCCGGCAACCCCAGCGCGACUCCGAGCUCGCGGCUGGCGACGGCGGCGUCGUGUACCCCGGCUGCGGUUCUUGGCUGGGCCCUGGCAUGCGGCGGCGAUGGUUGUGCCCCGUUCGCCCAAAUCAGCAACGGCGGCUCCGCUAUGACCGUGGCACGCGGCGACGGCCGGCCCAGUCCGAGUCCCCUUCCCAAGCGGCAUCUCGUCCGGGCAGGGGGACGGGAUGGAUGGGGAACCGUCUGCUCGAAGAUAAUCUUCCUGGGAAAGGAUAA